AGAGGACACAAAGCAUGAAGGACAGAAGAGGGACCCUCAACACCUGCAUGGCCAGAGCGAAGGGGAAGGGAGGAGAGGACUGGGACAGACUGUCACACAGCCUCAAGAGGAGCACACAGAAGGGGAGCCCUCGGCCUGCAGACUCCCCUUCCUGGCUGAACAUGCCUGCAGUUGACAGAAAUGGAAACACACAGAGCGAGGUGCUACCCUCGAAGAUGAAGGAUGGGCUGAGUGAGGCCGGCCUCCUGCUUCCCACUGGUGACAGGGCGUUUCUGUAUUUGAAGGGAUCCAUGGGAAGAAAUUCAGCCCCUGCAGCAGUUCCCAGCAAGGCUGUGGGUCUGUGUCCAGUCCCUGUAUCUGUCCCUGUGGGAGAGUGCCUUGCUGCACUGUCCCACGGCAUCAGGGAAGCUCUGCAGAGGAACUGGCCAGAAAGAGGCCCUGGAGCCGUGGACGGCCACAGAGGACAGUGCUCCAGUGGAGAGCCCUGGGUGUCAGUGUGGCCAGGCCACUCCCAACUGUGGGAAGUGGGAGUCUCCAAGGGUGAACCAGUGAGGGCUUUUCCCGAGUGGCCAGGCUCCAAGUUAGAACUGUCCUGCCUGUGUUCCUUGCUGCCUGAUUUGCUGCACGCCCAUCCUCAAAGCGUCCUGAAGGAUGAGACAAGAUGUGACCGCCUCAACCAGCUAAAGCCUGUGCUUUCAGAGCAGACGACAAAAUACAGGAACAUGCUCUCAAGAAUAAAUUGUACCUCAAAUGGUCUACAGAUAACACUGGGGCUGUUGGCUCUAUGACCUUAGCAAAUCCAGUAGGCCAUAGUUAAGGUACAAGCAGAACAAUAAAAAUAGCUUAAUUUUAAAAGUUGUUUUAGAAUAAUUUUUUUGCAUUAAGUCUGGAUACAAACAAACAGUGCAGCCAUUCACUUCCUGCUUUGUUUGUACAGCUAGACAAACUUUAUAAUGUACAAGUCUAGUAUAAACUUGCUAAAAGCUAGGUAAUGCAGCAGGAAUUUUUUGAGCAUGUUUUAAAUUGUGCUUGAAAGACAAUAAAGAAUCGGGAAGCCCUUUCAGAAGGUUAUUGAUGUAUCCAGUAUAAUAUCAGCUGAGAACACGGCUUACCACGAAGUUCUUUGUCUCCAAUCCCCCAUCUAAAGGGCUACUGUCCCAGAUGCUGUCUGUCUCUUCAGCUGUCCUGUCACCAAGUGGAAGUGGAUAUUUGUAAAGUUUACCCGCUGUACUCUUCUGAAGCCUUGCUGAAUUAAUGCCUCCUGUUGGGAGCAAAGACUGAGCGAGUCUUUCAACCAAAGAAGUAGAAAGUCGGGAUUCACCUUUCAGAGCUGAUCACCACCACAGGUGACUCUGGCGCUGUUCUGCUUGGUCUUAUAAUAGAUGGUGGCUUCGGUUUUGAUUCGUUGGGAGGAAGAAGGAGAAUCCAGAAAACGCAUGAAGUUGCCACGUUUGUUGUAGAUGACAGUCAUGGAGACUACGGCCCCUGCCUAAGCACUGCCCAGCAUUUAAAUCCCAUGGUGCUCCCUUCCUCUCUCAGUGGGAAAAGUACACAGCCUCUUCUGUAGUCUGAAUGCAUGGAUACAUUCAGAUACUUGUGUGACUAAAGAAACCCCUUUAAAAAAAUGAAUAUAGGAUUGAUUUAAAAAA